AUGGAAGAGUCGAUAGACUACAAUGAACUUAUUGCACAGAUUUCUGUAAACCUCAACAAUGCACUCAACACGUUCGGUGCCUCAUCUCCCCAGUUCCAGAAUGUCCUCAGUAUCCUAAAAGACUGCCUGCGGGAAUUGGACGAGCGAUCGCGGAAAUCGACCUCGGUGGAUCCUGAGAUGCUGAAUCUCGCGAUGGGCUUCUUGUCGCUGGGAGAGUAA